UCUAAGAAAUAAUUGGAGUGAUUUUAUUAUUAUAGUAGCUAUACACUACCUUCAAGUAAAUUGGGUGAGAGAGACACUACCGGUAUUCAUCUUUCUUGCUCUUUUGCAAGGUAUUUUUAAAGAACACUCUGCUGGCAUGUAGUUUUAAUACAGUUGGAUGAAUGAGCAUUUAAAAUUUGGCUUGAUUUAGAAAAAAGAAAAAAAAACACGUUUGUCUGUGUCUUCAAAAUAUAAGUGCCAAAAGCAAGUUUAAUUCUAAACGGAACUAUUUCUGAAUUCAGUUAAGUCUACAUUGCCUCCGUGAAAAUAGUGUGUCAUCUAUUUUAGCUACCUACCUAUUCUAUUUGAAAAGUGAUAAAGUGAUGUCAAAGAAAGAUGGAAUGCCUUCUUUUGUUGCUACGUGUGUGUCGGAAAAUGAGUGAGCAAUGGCCAAUGUGAGGCGAGGGGAGUGCAGGGGUUGUUGGUGUCUGGACCAGGAGUGAUGCUGGAUCAAUAAUACCCCCACCCCCGCCCCGCCCUGGCAAGGGUAGCUAGGGCUCUAUCACUGGAAUCAGUUCACCAUUUGAUUCAGCUCACUUGUGGAAGAAGGAAGCUCUGUGAGUACCCCACACUCCUCCAUGUCUUUCUCCAGGCCGUACACUACAAACAAGGGAGCAGGAGAAAUGAGAAAAGAAUGGGUGCUGGGAAUGCUGUAUGCAGGCCUGUGGGCCGCCAGCAUAUUCUCCGGCUUCCUGAUGUUGUGCUGUCCGGUAUUUCCGUUGAUGCUCGUCAACCAGAAGCUCUAUAGGCGACUCACCGAUCUCAUUUUUGCUAUCUGGGAACUCUACCCGGUGGCACUGAUGGAAGUGUUGUUUGGCACAAAAAUAGUAGUCAGCGGUGAUGAGAUUCGUCCCGAAUCAGCGCUGAUCAUAAUGAACCACAGGACUCGCUGUGACUGGAACUUCCUGUGGGGAGCAAUGUUCUACGGAUCACGACGCCCCGCCCACAAACUCAAAUUUGUAUUGAAGGCGCCCAUCAAACACAUUCCUGGACCAGGAUGGGUGAUGCAAAUGGCUGGAUUUCUUUUCAUAGAUCGGAGCUGGCAGAAAGACGAAAAAGUACUCAAAACUUCUCUGGACUAUAUGAGGGACCUCAAAAACACAUAUCAGAUAUUAAUAUUUCCGGAAGGAACUGAUCUAACACCACACAACUUGGAAAAAAGCAAUGCAUUUGCCAGAAGUCAUAAUCUGGAGGAAUAUAAGAGAGUUCUUCAUCCAAAGACUACUGGAUUUUCAUUCCUAGCUUCAACAAUGAGAGAGAAUAAUCAAUUGGAUGCUGUGUAUGAUCUGACAGUUGGAUAUCCAGACAAAUACCCACAAAGUGAAAUGGACGUGGUUAAAGGAGUAUUUCCACAGCAAGUCAAUUUUUUUGUUAAAAGGUAUCCUGUGCAGUCACUUCCUACAGACACAGAAGAUUUGAAAGCCUGGUUGAAAAAUAUUUGGAAGAACAAGGAGAAGAAGUUGGAAUCUUUCUAUAAACAGCAAACCUUUACACCUGAAGAUGACGAACUCUUGGGAGAGAAACUUCAUUUUAAUAAUGAUACUAGUAAUGCUCUCUACUUGGCGUUAUUGUUCUGGACAAGCCUCAUUGUAAUUACCAAUUAUCUUUUGAUAACAUCAACGCUAAUGCAGAUUUGGACACUCAUGCACUGCUUUUUACUAGUGGUGUUGUCUCUUACUAAGGGCUCGCUUGCUUUUGAAAUCUAUUGUUACAGGAAGAAUGAAGAAGAAGACGACUAUAUGGUUGAAUACCAUAGUAAAAAGAAGAAGUAAUUAAGAGUCCCUAUCAAUGAUUGUCUACAUCACAAAUAUUUACUACUUUCUCAACUUUUUGACUUUGAAUGUUUGUAAACUAUUUUGUGUACUGUAUGUUAUUCGUAUAAGUGUUUUCCAGGCAUUGAUGUCUCUUGAAAAUUUAUGUAUUGUGUACCUAAAAUUAUUGUGAUAUGAUGGAUAUUAACAUCUUCAAGAUGUAAAACGUAUUAAUAAAUGGAUAUUUUGGUAGA